AUGGCUCGCGGACUGCAGAAGCAACAAGCCAGAGCCAACGCCGAGAAGCGUGCUGCUGCCAACGCCCCUCCCAAGAGUCAACUCAAGGCCAUGGUUGCUGGAAACCAGUUCAAGUGCCCCAAGUGCAUGUUGAUGAUCGCAAACUACAAGCUAGUCGUACAGCACAUGGAGGCCAAGCAUCCGAAGGAACCAGUCCCGACAGAGGAGUCCUUCAGCGUAGCAAAGUAA